AACGCUUCACCGCAUCAUCAGCUGCAGUGAAGAACAUAAUUAGAAUAUGAAAUAGAUUUUCUGCGAUGGAAAAGCUUUGCAUCUCUUCUAGUGUUUGAGUCAGUGAGAUGAACUCAAGCAUGAGCGUCUCUCAUCAGCAGAAUGCAGAAACACGAGAAGCUUCUCACUGACGAAUAAACAGGUAUUCGGAUCCUGCCAGGAUGGUUUGCACUCGGAUCCUCUUUGCAUCCAUUGUCUCAGCUCUUAUUGUUUCAGGGGAAGGGGUGAUAAAGGACAACAGUAAUGUUAUUAGCGUGGCAAACUUUGCCAUGAACUUCCACAAUCGCAUGAGUAGCUACCCGUACGCGUUUAAAGUGGUGGACAUCAUAUCAGACACGACUCAGCUGUAUCCUCCUGCACGGGUUAAACACAUGUUACAGAUCCAGGCUGGACAGACUGUGUGUGAGAACCAGGCGAGUGUGAAUCUGACACACUGUGCUUUACAGUCUAACGCUGAGAACAUGACGUGCUCCUUCACUGUCCUUGCAGUGCCGGGAAACGACUACAUCCCCAAACGAGUGCUGUCAGAUCACUGUGCCUGAGAAUAAUGAUGGAGAUGUUUCCUAAUGCUGGAAUGUUGUCAGCAGUGCAUGCUUUGUGCCUCAUAUACUUUGUGGCAUGUUAAUAAUACGCAUCACUAUCAGAAUUUUAAAACAUUUUUGAAGCAUUUCAUAAGCUGUCAUUUUCAACU